CUCUGCUGUGAGCAGUCGAAGAGUGAGGUAGUGUUACACCGCGCAAUAAAACGAUCGUAAAAUAACACGCGAAUUUAAGUUUGAUAAUUAAUUAGUGAGAGUGUAUUGUGCACUGUUUUGGAACGGCUGUUAUGUUUGCACCUAAGAUUUGCUGAUUUAAAAAUUUCGGUAACCUUGUUAUUUCAUAAUAGAAAACCAAUUAAAACUUCACCAAAUUAACACGAAUCAGUUAUGGUUUAGCAACAAGCCUUGGUACACACAAAAGAAAGGUGUUAGCUGAUAAUGGUGUGAUUUCGUCUUUUUGAUGUGUCAAUAAUGGCAUUCUACCGUUGUGGACCGACGGCCAUCGGCAGCCGGGCAUCGUGGUCCGUGACUAGCCCUGAUAAGACAUACGAGCGUCCUUUAAGUGGAAAUUAUGACAGGAUCUUCAACGCCUUUGAGAGGACCAACGCGUUUGAGUACGUCAAGAGCACCUUCGAGGGGAAAGAAGAAAGGCAUACAGGAUGCGGUGAAGUGGUGGUAAAUCGCAGAAUGUCGAGCAGUUUCGAGAGGGCGGACUGUGCACUGGCUGCGCAGACGCCAUGUUCUGAAGACGAGGAGUUUUAUAAGGAGAAGGUUCUGUACUCACAAGCCAGACAGCUGUUCCCAUUACAGGAGGACUUGGCUGAUUGGAUCAAUAAAAUUAUAGGUAUAACAUAUCUUACGGGCGAGAACUUUCUAGAUGUUCUGGACAACGGUGUUGAAUUGUGUCAGCUGGCUGCCGUCAUACAUGACCGGGCGCGGGAGGCACUGGACCAGGGGAUUAUAGUUGGGCCGGUGCCAGCGAUAAGAGGUAGAUGUUGGCAGCGUGCAGCUAGGCGGAGCUUCUUCUCCAGGGACAACGCCGAGAACUUCAUCACAUUCUGUCGUGAAUUGGGCGUUCAUGAGAACUUGCUGUUUGAAAGCGAUGACCUUGUCCUUCACAACCAACCACGACAGGUGAUCCUCUGUCUUCUCGAAGUGGCCAGACUGGCCACGAAAUUCAACGUAGAGCCUCCAGGCCUAGUCGCGCUGGAGAAAGAAAUCGCGCUGGAAGAACGGGAUUCGGGAUUAGAUUCAGCCAUGUCUGGAGCGGCCUGGCAGUUCAGGGACUCGUCACCACCUCUUGAUAAACCAACCAAAAAAGAGAAACAAACAUUGGAACCUAAUGAGACCUCAAAUUGCAGCAUUAAAAGGCCUACUGUCGAUCCUCGCAAGCAACAGAUUCGGAUAUAUAUCAAUAAUCCAUUUUGCCUACUUGUUUUUAUGGAGUUUUAUGGAAUACCUUUUAUUACAAAUGAAGUAUGCGUGGAGGACAGUGUGGAAGUGGCGAGCACGCGUUCGGAUAGUUCAUCAGACACCGAUGUUCCUCUCAGACCCACCAACGAGCUGGACAAAAGGGUGCAAUCAAUAACACGUUUAUUGGAGCGUGGUUGCAGAUGUGGAUCUGGAAAAUGUUCACGGCUAUUGAAGGUGAAGAAGGUGGGCGAAGGGCGGUACAACAUCGCCGGCAGAAAUGUCUUUAUAAGGUUACUAAAAGGCCGCCACAUGAUGGUCCGUGUCGGAGGUGGCUGGGACACUUUGGAGCACUUCCUAUCUCGUCACGAGCCCUGUCAGGUGCGCCUUGUCACUCCAGGACGCCGAGACCUUCUGCCACUCGCACCCACACCCGCUUCCAACACCGCAAAGGAGAGAACUUCACCGUCCCCCACCAACCGUAUCUCACCCAAUAGAACCACCACAUCCCCAAGUACCACCGAAAAGAUCACCCCACGGAACAGCGUCUCUCCAUCGAGUAGCAAAACCUCCCUCAAAGAAUCUUCCGUUUCCCCAGCUCAUAGCAAAGCUUCGAUCGACUCACCUGUCGAGCCUUUUAAGCAAAAAUCCAAAAACACCCCAAAGACAUCCACACCCAACAAACCAGUUGUCAGAAAUCGUUCUGCGUUAACGCUACCCCUGAACGAGAAACCGAGAAAGCAAUCAGCCCCCGCCAGUUUCAGCACUCCAAACACACCAAUAAACAGACCGGAACAGAGAAAGUCCGUGCCGACGCCCAAAAAAUCUCGCAGCAUGAGUCUAGCGCUCCAGAACGAUAAGAAAUUCUGCGGCACAGAGAGAUUAAACCAAGCCAGAAAAUCAAGCGUACCUGACGCGCGAAAAACUCGAAGCCAAAGUUUAGCCUCGACGCCAAUAAAUGAGCCGAAGAAACUGCUGCCCACGUAUGGAAAGAAGACGAGAAGCAUGAGUCUGGCCACCACAAAUGACUUUCCGAAGCCUUUGAAAAAGAGUCUGUCUGCCAGCAGCACUCCAGUCACGCAGGCAGCUAUAGAAGAGAGUAUAAGGUUGUCGUUGGAAGCGACGAUUGCUGAUCCUACGUCGCCCAAGAAGCCAUUCCUUCACAUCAAAGCCAAAUAUAGAAGUCCGCCACCAAGAGAAGUGCCGCCAAGAUAAAUCAUUCCAUAAGGAACUUGUGGGGCAUUUUUAUAAAUGUGACAAGCAUGCGUCACACUUGGAAAUCAUCACAUUGGUUAUUUUGGGAAUCCUUUAUUGUUCAAAUGGAUAUGUCAGAGCUUAAUCAGCCGUUCAAUUAAUAACCUAGCCGUUUAACUAACGGCCUGAAAGAUAUUCAGCCGUACCGUUUGUUACAACAUUGGAUAACAGAAUCGAAAAAAAUAACAAAUUAUAUAAAAAAAUAUUUCUUUUAAAAUUAAGUUUCUCGAGUCAAAUUCACAUUAUUAUUCUAUACACUCUUGCAUUGUACUUGUUGUUUUUCAUGAAAGUUUGGAAAACACUAUCAAAUUUGUGGUAGGCCGACGCCAUAUUGACAUGAUAGUUUCUUUUUAUGUUUAAUUUAACAGUAGGCUAGGGAAGUAAUGAAACGUCUUCGAUCCAAGUCAUUUGCCUAGCUGUUUGAUCAACUGGCUGAACAUCUUUCAGGCCGUUAGUUUAACGGCUAUUUAAGCCAAUAGGCUGUGACAUAUACGCCAUGAUUGGCAAGAUGAUCCAUAUUUCACGUAGUAAGUUCUGAAGAUAGAGACAACUUGAUAAUGUCAAAUUGGCAUUAGAAAAAUAAGUACUGUCUUUAGCGAUGUCCAUAGAGAACAAAUGUACUGAACAAAACAAAUGACAGUGCAGGCUCUUGGCAAGUUUAAGAAUACGACCAGAGUAAGAAAUAUUAGGUGACAAAGAACAACAAUAACUUCGGUACAAUAUUAAAUGCACUUAAUAAUAAUACAAAGUAAUAACAGUUACAGAACUUCAAAAAAAAUGCGUCUUAAAGCAAAAAGUCUAUGGAUUUUCAAAAUAUGUAAUUUGUUGUGAUUAAAACACUGCUCCCAAAGUUCCUUUUCGCGUAUAAUACCAAUUCGUAGAUUUUAUAAAUACGUUAUUUAUUAUAAAAUCUACUAUUCAGUGGUAUUUUAGCUUUAGAUAUUGUAAGUGUUUUCACGCAUAGAUUUUCAUAGAAUUUGUAAAACGCAUGAAUAAUGUUCAAGAUUUUGUUUGUGUUCAAUAAUGUCCACAGCGCUGCUCAUAAUUUGAAUUCUAUUUUCAUUUUUAAUUUGCAAUCUAUUUUUAUUUAUAUGAAUAAAAUAGUGAAGAAUUCUAUUUAUUUAAGAAUUAAUGUUACAUUUAUAAAGUGACAGCUCUACGAUUCGUGCAUGUCAUUGUCACUUUUGACAUGCGUGAGCUAUACUUAAUCUCGAUUCUGAAUCUCACGUAUAAACUAAACAGAUUCACGAAUAUUAAAUUGUAUUGAAAAUCUAUGCGAUAUUCUUGAUAGUUAAGAGGUAUAGUAUUAAAUUCGACGCUAGUGUAGUACUAGGCCGCUUACUCAACGGGAUGCUAUGGCGACAUCGAUGGCGACGGAUACAAACAAUUUGUAUUGAAAUAUAGCACUGAACUCACUUGAAGAAGGUUCCAGAAAGAAAAAAGAAUAAGAUUUUUGAGGCUUUGGUCUUGGCUGUGCUUCCAAAGUGAGCUGUCACACAUUUCAAUACAAAUUGUUUGAACACGCAGCUAGCGACGUCGCCAUGGCAACCCUGUGAGUUAGCGGCCUUAGUGUUAAUUUUUAUUUAAAUUUCUCAUGUAAUUUCAUUAAUGCUCCCGCGGGAGGCUAGUCAUAAUUUGUUAUUGCAAUAAUUUAUGUGAAUAUCCCUAAUGUAUACGAUGCUUCUGGAUUUAAUGGUACAAAAUUGUUGAAGUCCACACGAGUCUAUUUUCAUAAGACAAUAACAAUAUUUUUGCACCUAGAUAAGCACUAGAUAGAAUAAGAAAUUUUUUACGAAUCAAUUUCUUCCAUUUGACUUGAGCUUUUAGUGCUGUUUUGAAUCAUUCACCAACAGCCGGCCGUAGACAAAUGUACACUCACUCUGUGUCGAGGGCUGUCACGUUUGACAGUUGACAGUUCUCAAGACGACUCGAGGUAUGUUUAAAUCGGCUUAAAGUUUUUCACAAGUAUAAAGGAUCACAUUUAACACUUAUUGCGAUUUUUUUAAUUCGUGUAAAACUUGGUGAAAGAAAUUUUUGUUUGGUUCAAAACAGCAAUCUCACUGUAAUAUGUGUGAGAAAAUUUUGUGCCAAUAAUCGAAUUUGUCUUAAUAAACAUUUUGAUAUCUUA